AUGUGCCCGUUCAAUGAAUCCAUGCGUACCCGACGCCACGACCUCUCUGAUGAUUUUGAGGUUGUUUCCAGCCCCCGUAAAGGAGCCCAGCCGUACGACCCCUCGCUGAGCUGGGAAGACUACGCCACAAAGUAUCUUGAGUUUACCGACACUGCUCCUACUGUUUACCAUGCGAUUGACUAUAUUAGCAAAGGUUUGAAAGAUGCUGGCUUCAAGUAUUUGAGCGAGCGCGAAUCGUGGGAGGAACGGCUCCAGCCGGGCGGUAAGUACUUUACUACCCGCAACGGCACUGCGUAUUGCGCUUUUGUGAUCGGAAAGUCAUGGAAACCUAGCAAUGGUGCUGGAAUCGUCGGUACUCACACCGACUCGCUUGCUUCUAUUCUCAAGCCCUCGUCGAAGAAAGAUCAGGUUGAUGGCUAUGAGCUCCUCGGGGUUGCACCCUACGCCUCUGGUGGUGUCGGCCCUACCUGGUGGGACCGUGAUCUUGGAAUUGGCGGGCGUUUGGUAGUUCGCGAUGGUAACGGUGUUCGCACCAAGCUCGUUCGCAGCCCUCACCCCAUUGCUCGUAUUCCAACACUAGCCCCUCAUUUCGGUGCGGUUGCGAACGGCCCUUUCAACCCUGAAACUCAACAAGUGCCAAUUGUUGGCUUGGUUGAUGAGAAUGAGAAACUAGUGCCUACCGCUGAGGAGUCCAAGAGCCCUCUGAUCGACAAGCACAGUUUGCGCCUUCUCCGGGCGAUUUCCAACUACAGUGGUGUGGCGGUUAAGGACAUUUUGGAAUUUGAUUUGCAGCUCUUCGACACACAGCCUGCAGCUUUAGGCGGUCUUGAUAAAGAGUUCAUUUUCAGCCCCCGAAUUGAUGAUAAGAUCUGCACUUUCACCGCUUAUGAAGGAAUUAUUGAAGCUGCCGACGAAAUUGCGAAGGGGUCUACUCUUGGCAUUGUGGCUGGUUAUGAUAACGAGGAGAUUGGCUCGCUAUCCCGUCAAGGUGCUCGAGGCAACCUUUUGGAGAGCGUGAUUGAUCGCGUUCUAGGUGAUAUUGCCGAGUCCAUCAAGAAAGUGUUUUAUGCCAACUCGUUCUUUGUUUCUGCCGAUGUCAACCACGCAGUCAACCCUAACUUUUCCAACGUUUAUCUUGAGCACCACAAGCCCAAGCUGAAUGUGGGAGUCACUCUGUCGAGAGACCCUAACGGAAACAUGAUUACUGACGGCCUUAGCGCCUCGUUUAUCUACGAGCUUGGCCGCCGCACCGGUAACCAAAUUCAGCAGUUCCAGAUCCGCAACGAUUCUCGUUCGGGUGGCACAAUUGGCCCCGGUCUUUCUGCCAAGACCGGUCUGCGGGGCGUUGACUUAGGUAUUCCCCAGCUUUCGAUGCACUCCAUUCGUGCCACGACCGGGUCCAAGGAUGUAUGGCUUGGAGUUCGCUUCUUCAAAUCUUUCUAUGAGGCCUGGUCUGAAGUUGAUGCCGAGUUCAAACUCGGUGAUUUGUAG